UUCAAUUUGACACCUCGAUGUGUGGUACGACCUCCACCAUUCGCUCUGUCUUUGUUUUCUGGAGGCAACAAGAAGACCGAGAAGAAUGCGGUUGACAGCUGUUUUCCUCACUCCGUUUGUCGGGCUAUUCUUCUCGGUUGGCAAAGCAAGUCCGGACGAAAGCUUGAAUGAUGAUUUGUCUAGAGGGCCAGAAUGUGAACUACAUGGCAAUUGCCGAAAGGCUCGCACGUGUACCUUGUACAUGGCGGAAAGCACGAUUCCGGGGGCAGGUCUGGGAAUUUUUACUGCGAUAGACCGCAAAAUUGGAGAAAGCAUUGGAAAUGGUGAUGUUCUUAUACCGCAAGUGGACCUUUACUAUCAUCAGGCUGCCCGAAAAACCAUAGCAUCGGAGGAUUACAGAGAUCCCUUUGAAGACUACUUAAGUACGGUCCCGAGAUGGGAAUGCAACAAGAAAGCUCCCAUCCUUUCGAAUACUUGUCCGCGUUUGCGCCAGGUUUGGACGCCGCUAUUAACUGUCACCUCGGGCUCGUCAACGUCGACAAGCUCGCUCCCGAGUACGAUACGAUGCCUUCCUGGCAUCGGGCCGUAGAUCCCGGCGUCGGAGCGAUUACUCCAUACCAAAACUGUUCCACGAUUGCCAAGGAAUUUAUUCCGGCAGGUGGGGAGUUGUUUAAGCACUAUGGGGAUCAAUGGUUUACAGGCCGCCAAGACAUUUUUGGCUUGAUGCCAUUGCUGGAGGAUUAUCCCAGAGCUGAACAGUUUGCCAUUGAUUUUAAUUCGAUUGCGGGAAAUACCUCGAUGGACUUUCGACGCGAUUUAUAUAAAAUUGUCACUGACUUUCCGUUCGAGAGUCGCGUCACAAACGCUUUGCCCAAUGAUGUGUUGCAGGUGCCAACAAUUGUGGAAGAAGGAAUCCGCGCCGUAUAUCAGCCCCUAGCGACCCGAAAAGUGGAAGAUUUGGAAGCAAAUGGCCGCUGUUUGGAUUAUCUUGCCCCCCGUCCGUCAACUCUUCCGCAAGCAGGUCGUGGAGCAUUUGCGACGCAGUUCCUUGCGGAAGGAACAAUCGUUGCCGGAAGUCCCUUCCUAGUGAUGGCAAAUGGCGACUAUUUUGACAUGUUUGAAGCUAAUUGGUAUGACAAGACCUAUCCUCCGGACAUUUCCCGAAAAACUCGAUCGCAAUUGGGAUUAAACUACUGUUGGACGCACGCGGACGCUAGUUUGUUUUUGUGCCCUUACGGCGCAAAUGUAAACUACAUCAAUCACAAUCCUGAACCCAACAUUCGCGUACAAUGGGCUCGCGCUCAAAGCAUGAGACACAACGAGCAAUGGCUUCACCAAAGUCCCACUGAGAUGCUGGUGUCGUCCAGUCCGGGGCUGUUUCUCGAUUUCAUAGCAUUGCGGGACAUUGAAGAAGGGGAAGAAGUCUUUAUUGACUACGGGCCAAAAUGGGAAUUGGCAUGGCAGGCACACGUCGAGUACUGGACGACAAGCAACUACAGUCACAGCUAUCAGUCGGCGCGGGUGUACAGUAAAGCUAAUGCGAAUAAACCCUUUCGGUCACAAAGUGAGCAAGAGGUGGAUCCAUAUCCUUCUUACUACGAAUUCCGCUGCUUAGAUGUGGCUUGGUACUAUCCAAAGCAGCAUCAAAAUGUCUGGAUGCUAUGGAACCGAACGCGAACUUUUGGUUUCAAUUGUCGUAUUUUGGAACACAGGACGUCACCUGAAGGGACUUUCUACUACAAGGUCGAGCUGCAAGCGCCGCAGCACAAGGAUGUUUGGGGAGAACAAUGGGACCCGUCCAAAGCAAGAGCGGAAACGUGGUACACACGAGACUCGUGGUUCCCACAACAUCAAGUGGUUCUAGUCGACUUGGCCUACUCAACCGACAUCUUCUUGUCAGACGCUUUUCGACACCCCAUAGCGAUACCAGAUAGUAUUUUCCCAGACGCUUGGCGAGGUUUUGUUGCGUAA